UAGAAGAGAAGUUUUGUGCGCUUCACCACAUAACCCCACACACAAGCAAGUGAGGUUAAAUUCCAACAUUUUCUUGGAGUGUUUAUAAAGCAUCAGAUAGUUUUGCUUUAAACUUUCCCUGCUGACAAUGAAUUUGGGAUAUUCUGUUUUGACCAAUAGGCUUUCUCAUUUGAUCCAGAUUAGUUCUACGGGGCACUUCCUGAAAAAUGUUGUUAGAAGUCCUUCGCUGGCCGCAAUUCAAGCCAGAGAUUAUGCAGCUCGUAAAGGUACCAGGGAACGUAAGAGCAAAGCUAAAGUUAAGAUGGAAGUGAAAAAAAUCGGUUUUAUACCCCAUAAUUUAAGGAACAGAGAAAAAAUGUUAGCCAGCAGAGCGUCUAAAAAAUAUGAUGAUAGUUGGAAGAGGGAUCCAAUUGAUGAUGUUUACGUCAUGAAAUAUUACAAGUGGACUGUACAUUCUUUUGUGGAUGCUGUUAAAGCUCACAGGGAGACUCAUCAUCCUGAAAUAUAUAACAGGCCAAACGCAGAAUUAUUUGUUACCAUUGACUUAAAUAUGCAGGGAGAAAAGAAGACGCGCUUUGUGGAUAAUUUCAAAAGAAUUGCCGGAAUACCGCAUAAAUUUGACAUUAAAGAAGAACGCACAGUUAUAGCAUUUGCAAAGAACACGGAAAGUAUACAAGAAGCUAUAAAGGCUGGAGCGCAAAUGUCUGGUGGAGUUGACUUGAUAAAACAAAUUCAGAAUGGACAGGUUCUACUUCAAGACUUUCAGCACGUAAUUGCCCAUCCCGAUAUUUUAGCUGAGCUGCUUGUUUUAAGAGGUAUCAUGAAAAAGAAAUUUCCCAAUACCAAAUCUGGGACGCUAGAUGCUAACCUAGGGCCAGUUGUGGAUCGGUUUUUGAAUGGCAUUGCUUAUCAGGCCUUAAAAGAUGAAUAUGAGCAUGAUUUUGGCCAAAUCGAAACGGUUAUCGGAACACUAAAUAUGGACCCAGAAGACUUGGAGAGAAAUUUUAUAGCAUUAAUAAACGAUAUAUACACCCAGAAACCAAAGCGAGAAGGACAGUUUGUUACUAGAUGUUUGUUAUGGAGCCCUCCAUCUGACGAAAAACUUAAAGUCGGCUUUAGUCAUUAUCUUAUCGAUAAUAAAAAGAAAGCCAGUGAAGAGGCAGCAGACGAAGUUAUUGAAGAAAGCGUCGCUGCUGUGUAAGUUAUAAAUCAGGCAGUUUUAAUUAAAAAAUGUAUUUAUCAUUU